AUGGUGAAAAAGCUCGGUCAGUGGCUCCCACAUGCAUUGAGCGACGACAAACGCCUAAGACGCCUGGACAUCUGCACUCAGCUGCUCUCCAGAAGCCGCAGAUUCGACUGGCUGGACACCAUUGUCACUGGAGAUGAAAAAUGGGUCCUCUACGUCAACCACACCCACAAGCGUGCGUGGUGCGAUGGCGAUGAAAUGCUGGAUCACCCGAAGUUCGACAACGUUCGCCUGCUGCACGAUAACGGGCACCCUCACAUCGCGAAGAAGACUUCCCGAAAAUUCUGGAGCUCGGAUGGGAAAUCGCUUCAGCAUCACCUGGAAGAAAAGAGCUACGAUGAUCGUGACCACCUCGAAAAUGACCUUCGGGCUUUCAUCGUCUCCAAGUCGCCGGAGCUCUACGCCAAAGGAAUCCGUGAUCUUAGUGUGCGAUUGCACGGAUUCCACGCGCUGAUAACCUUUCGCACGGUGUGCGGAGCAAGUAGGUGCCAGCCGACCUUUCCGUUCAACUCCUUCCUAAUUUUAUUACGCAGCUCGUCUAUAGCAGCACUUUACCUUGUUCAACAUCCUGAAGCGACAAGAAGUGUUGGCAUUGCCGAUUCCAGCUACUGCAGAACUUUUAUCCACAAGAUCAUACCUACAACUAAUAGGGAAGUUGAUGAUCUGAAAUAUGUGGUUGCGCAGCGCACGCUCAUGUCGAACUUUUGUUGGUGUCCAUUGGAAAAUACGACAGGCGGUGCAGGUGUUCCAAGAAGUAGUUCUCUGAUUAAGGGGAUUAUUUGUCCGCUUCUUACCAGUCGAGCAGUUAUGCGAUCGCUGUUCGAAUCGAGUUCAUCUAUAAACAAAACUAUUGCUCAACUAUGCGAAUUGGUUAAAACAGAGACGAUUUCUCACGAAGGGAAUGACGAUCCAGCUUGGGCUGAAAAUGUUGUAAAAACAUUGGCAAAAAGGUUGAAGAAGGCCAAAUAUCUUGAAGAAUUGGCGAAAGCGAUCAUUAACGAGGACGAACAUACAGACUGUUGUGCGAUUUCAGCUGAACAGGAGAAGAAGAAAACACACAGGAAGGAACGACCACAUAUCCUCUACAUAAAGAUGUGGAGGUUUCCUUGGUUGAAGUCUCAUCAUGAGUUGAAAGCUGUGGAGAACUGCCGCUAUCCAUUCGCAAAGAAAACGGACCUGAUUUGUAUUAAUCCUUAUCAUUAUGAACCAAUUCACUUGAAGGCACCUCCGCUUCCUCCUGUUGUUGUUAAAAAAACCGCAGGAUACUAUCAAGUAAAUCCAUCUACCAUAGCGGCACUGGCAAACCAUGGCUUUGGUGUGCAAGGUUUUGAGGAUCGGGCACCGAAUGCAUCCAUCAGUGUGGACGAAAUGCGUGGACAUUAUUUGUCAGAAGAAAACUCCCCCACCAGCAGCUAUAUGGGUUCACCUACCACAGCUUCUCCAACGUUGGGAUUUCCUGGUUCAACAUCAUCAACAGUAUCCACGGCAAGGUCCGAUACGUUACCUGCCUCUGUAUUCGCCCAACCAACACCGCGAUCUCCAACCACGAUAGGAUCCGCACACGUGGCGUCUCCACUGAGUCCAAAUUCCUACCUGAGUGAGGAUAGAGACGAUGAGCAUGAGAUGAUGGAUACAAGCGACGAUCGCGAGCAUUCACUGACUGCCAGCUUCUUGAGACCAUCAGGAGCAGAAAUGGUACAAGAACUUAUCGAGUACUGCGAGCCAGAAAGUUGGAUGUCGAUCACGUACUAUGAAGAAGGAAAAAGAAUUGGUGAUCCUUUCAAUGUCAAGUCACAUUAUCUUCUGGUUGAUGGUUAUCCUUCUCCUAGCUCUGAGGAAAGAUUUUGUCUUGGAUAUUUCGAUGUUGAGAAUCGGCCGCUAACAGUAAUAGACGCAAGGCGUCAAGUGGGGCGUGGCGCGAGAUUUUACUACAUCGGAGGAGAGGUCUAUUGUGAAUGCUUGUCGGAAGCAGCUGUUUUUGUCCAAUCCCCGAAUUGUAAUCAACGUCAUGGUUGGCACCCAACUACAGUGUGCAAGAUUCCCCCUAACUGUAACUUGAAAAUCUUCAAUAAUGCCGAGUUCGCGGCGCAACUGGCCGAAUCAGUUGAAAAAGGCUACGAAGCAGUUUAUGCGCUUACUCGGCUUUGUACAAUCCGAAUUUCAUUUGUAAAAGGAUGGGGAGCCGACUACCGGAGGCAAACGAUCGAUGCCACUCCAUGCUGGAUCGAAGCACACUUGAAUGGACCUUUACAAUGGAUUGACCGAGUUCUACGUAGCAUGGGUGGACCGAUAAUGGCACACUCCUCUUUUACGUAG